GAUCAGAUGGGUGUUCUUCUAAAUGCCAUGAGCAACUUCCAUUUAAAUCCAGCAUCUUCAAAUCUUCAGACUUGGGCUUAAGGCUAGCAUCUAAUGAGCUGGGAAAUAUCUUGGCUUGGAUCGGUGCACACAUCUCUGCCACGAACUAAUGCUCCCCAUGCAUCAUCGCCCAUCAUAAGGUGCAUGAACUGGAAACUUCAACAUGCUUACCUUUAUGCGAUUGCAUGGUCAAGGGAGUGAUGGUAAUGACAUGAGCUUUGAAGGGCCAGUAAGAAGAGCAGGUGAAACUGGCCUUCAUGAGCUUAAUUGAUCUCCAUCAGUGGUUCAUGUUAAUAGCCUAAUGCAGAUCACAGUCCAGCGUGAUGAUGUUGAAAGAUAUGAAGAAGUUUGAUUCGAUUUGGCCUGUUUGAUGCUGUCAUAGCCAUCAAACUGUCAUCACGCAAGGACCCCGUUCGAUCGGAACCAAUGUUUGAUGGACCCUUACUGCUAAAAUUAUUGUGGACAUGCAUGGGAGUUGGCCAUAUAACAUAGGCUGCCUGCCAAAGUAUGAUGCCUUGAGCUCAGACACAGCUCCUCUAUUGCAGCAUGGAUAGAAGCGCAUGCUACUCCAAGGAGGGAUUGAACAAAGGGCCUUGGAGUGCCACUGAGGACAAGAUCCUCACUGACUACAUCAAAGCUCAUGGAGAAGGGAGGUGGGGGAAGGUUCCCAAUAGAGCAGGACUGAAUCGGUGCGGAAGGAGCUGCCGGCUUCGAUGGUUGAACUACCUGCGGCCAGAUGUCAAGAGGGGGAACAUCUCUCUAGAAGAGGAGGACCUCAUCAUCAGACUCCACAAGCUCUUAGGCAAUAGGUGGUCUCUGAUAGCUGGGAGGCUACCGGGCCGAACAGACACUGAAAUCAAGAAUUACUGGAACACAGUCCUGAAGAAGAAGGUUCAAGCUAGAUCAGUUCCAUUAACAAACCUAGUGUGUUUGAACCAAGAUGAAGAGAGGAAAUCCAAGAACAAAACAUCAGUUCAAGCUCCAUCAUUUGAGAAUCCAACACAGAGCAGCGAGGCUGAAGUGAGUUUGAAUCAAAGAGGCAACCAAAAUGCUCAUAAAAAUGGACUCAAGUCGCUGGUGAUCGAAGACUUGGCACCGGAUUCUUUUCUGUUAGCUCCUCAAGAUUAUGAUCUAUUGAACUUACGGACAGGUUUCGACAUCGAGGGUCUCUCCCAGCCUUCCCUUCCUGACUCUCAGUUCUUCCAACUCCUCGGUGGAAAUAUCCAACAGGACAUGAGAGAUUGUGACAAUGGUAAACUGUCUGCAUCUUUUGACGAGAAUGUCUUCUCUAGCAGAGGAGUGUUUGAGAAUUGGGUUGGGACCGACCACAUCCAACCAUAUGGUAGUCUUGAUCUUGGAUCGUUAGCUGCUUUCUUCGAAUCCGAAUCAUGAAACCUUGAGCUAUCAAGCAAUCUCUUCCUCUAGUAUUUGCUGUUGGUGAUCUCAGUGCAACUCUUUCGCCAGCAUUAAAAUAAAAUUUCCUCAAGUCCUCUACCAAA